AAUCCUGAUAACAACAGAACAGAUGUAAUUUACAGCCCACGGCAUUGCAUAGAGGUGGUUGGACAAUGAGACCAUUCCAAUCAAGGAGUGAGUUUAUGUUAAAUAGUUGUGAAGUUGGAGUUUAGCAUCUUACCUGUGCACACAACAGCCUCCAGCAGCACAGCAUGUCGGUGUGAGCCAAACAGCUCUCAUCCUUCCUGUAUACCUCCCCUCACCCCUCCCCCCGUGGGAUGUUUUCAGGCACUCUCUCCUCAUCUGGCCUGGGCCUAUUUCUGAAAAUCUACUUAAAACGGACCGCUUCAGUGAAAGCAAUUCCUAGCUUGCAGCACCCAGAAGUGAACAGAUGGCGACCCGGAAGGUCUGAAGUAACUCCGACUGAAGACAAGCAAAAAUAACCUUUUAUCAAAUAUAAUAAAAUCUACAAUCGAGGUGUCAGAAUGGCUGAACCUCGUUUUAAUAAUCCCUACUUCUGGCCUCCACCCCCCACCAUGCCUGGGCAGAUGGAUAAUAUUGUGUUGAUCAACAAGAUCAAGGAACAGCUGAUGGCUGAGAAGAUCAGACCACCCCACCUGCCGCCUUCCACAGUUCCCUCCCCUCAGCAACGACUGGGGAAUCCUACACAGACAGGAGGUGGGCAGCAAGUCCAGAUGUCAGUUCAGAAACUGCAGCAGAUGCAACAAGGUCUCCAUGUCCACAGCUCGUCCCAGCCAGACAUUGCCCUGCACACCCGGACGGCCUCCAGCUCAGUCGCAGGACGUAUUCUUGGUGAUGUAAAUUUGAAUCUGGACGAUAAGACGGCUAUAAAAGCAAGAGGAUUGUGGGAAGACUGGCAUUUGCGUCAAAUCAUUGACCAACCCCCUAGAACGAAUCACCUAUCAGGUCUGGCACUUUCCUCUCGAACUGGCAACCAUAACACCUCCAUCACUCUGACCACACCCACCUCCAACAGCCAGAGCCGGCUAGGCGGUGCCCUCUCGCCUCAUCAUGUCCUCUCCAGCUUGGCCAGUGGCCCUGGGAUGGAGCAAAUCAAAAGUAACGGGGGCCUUGCUGGACUGCUGGGGCGAGGGCGUAAGAAGAUAAAAGCCGAGAACAGUGGUGGCCCUCUGUUGGUGGUGCCUUACCCGAUCCUCGCUUCAGGCAACGACCAAUCCUGCCACACCAUCAUCCCCAAAGAGGGCAAAUGCUACAGGUGUAAAUUGUGCCCACUGACCUUCUUCUCCAAGUCAGACAUGCAGAUGCACUCCAAGUCCCACACAGAGGUCAAGCCGCACAAGUGUCCCUACUGCUCCAAAUCUUUCACCAACGCAUCCUACCUGGCCCAGCACCUCCGCAUUCACCUGGGCGUCAAACCUUAUCACUGCUCUUACUGCGAGAAAUGCUUCCGCCAGCUCUCCCACUUGCAGCAGCACACAAGAAUUCACACUGGGGAUCGGCCCUAUAAAUGUGCCCAUCCAGGUUGUGAAAAAGCCUUCACCCAGCUCUCCAAUCUGCAGUCUCACCAGAGACAGCACAACAAAGACAAGCCCUACAAGUGUCCAAACUGCUACCGUGCCUACUCGGACUCAGCCUCAUUGCAGAUUCACUUGUCUGUGCAUGCCAUCAAAAACGCCAAGGCCUACUGCUGCAGCAUGUGUGGCAGAGCCUACACCUCAGAGACCUACCUUAUGAAGCACAUGUCUAAACACACGGUGGUGGAGCACCUGGUGAGCCAUCACUCUCCACAGAGGACAGGGUCUCCUAAUAUCCCCAUACGGAUAUCCCUCAUCUGAGCAAUUCACCUUGACACCCUACCCCUGACCCUCAUGGAGGAACCCCCUGUAAGGUCACCCCUCCACUUUAGCGUAAUCAAUCCUAGAUAUGGGCUUUUAUUUGUUUGUUUUCCCCUAUGCGGGUUCCAAAAAUGUGCCAGACUGUAUUUGUACCUUUUCAAAAGAUGCCAGACUCUUUUUAUUUAUUUUUUGUGGUUGGGGAAUGUUUGGGACAUCCAAAAAUGAUUUUACAGCACUUUCAGGCCUCAUGGUAGAGUAAAAACCUUUUUGGCCUAUGCUAAGACAAUAAAAAGCAUUGCUCCAGGCAGCUAAAAACAUUCACCCUAGGUGUUAUAAAGCAUUAAAUGACCACUUUUUUAUAUUGUUAUUCUCCCUUUACUCUUUGCAAAAGUAUAUUUGCAUUGGGAACUUUUGUCUUCCUUUUAGUUAGGCCAAGAAGAUGAAUAGCUAAAUCAUUUAUUCAAGCAUUUUUUGUACCAAUCCUAAUGUCAAUGUUUGCAUCAUUUUGUUACUUAAAAAGAAAAUGUUCUCAAGUAAGCUUUAUCACAUUUAAGUAUGUCUUUUAGACAACAAUGCACACAAAACACUUUCCAAUUGGAGGGUCAAUACCUAUGUGUUAUUGUUGUAGUUUUCAUCUUGUUAUUGUCCAUGGUAUUUAAAAGGAAACUGUUCAAGGCUAUCCUGAAGAGCACUAAAAUAUAUAUUUUGAAUCUGAUGCUGAUAUUUGUAGAAACUUCAAUGUUUUGGUUUGCUGAAUUGAUAAGCACUGCCAUGUAUUGAAGAAAUGAAAUGGUCCAUUAUGGAACUGACAUACAGUGCAUUCGGAAAUGAUUCAGACCCCUUCCCCUUUUCUACAUUUUGUUACGUUACAGCCUUUUCUAAAAUGGAUUAAAUAAAAUCUACACGCAAUACCCCAUAAUGACAAAGCGGAAAAAGGCUUUUAGAAAUUUUAGCAACUGUAUUACAAAUAAAAAUUAUUCAGACUCUCUGCUAUGAGAUUCGAAAUUGAGCUCGGGUGCAUCCUGUUUCUAUUGAUCAUCCUUGAUGUUUCUACAACUUGAUUGGAGUACACCUGUGGUAAAUUCAAUUGAUUGGACAAUUUAUAUAUACAACCUUUAUAUAAGGUGCCACAGUUGACAGUGCAUGUCAAAGCAAAAACCAAGCCAUGAGGUUGAAGGAAUUGUCCGUAGAGCGCUGAGACAGGAUUGUGUUGAGGCACAGAUC